AUGGCGGGUGUAUCGAAUUUGCGUAAAGCCGUGCUUGAUAUGGCCAAGACACGCAUGAAGCAGCUGCAAUGGGAUAAGCUAUCAGCAGAGCAUGCGUCAAGCACAGUUUGGGGCAAGACGGCUUCAGACGAGCUAAUGCUUCGAGAGAUCAUUCUUGAGCGCGGCGUCUUCGGUGAAAUGGAAGAGGAAUUCAAGGCUAAGGAAGCAUCGAAGCGUGCUGUCUCUGUGAAGAAAGAUAGCAAGGAGCUGCAAACAUACCUAAAUUAUGCGACGCGGCAGGGCAUUGAGAUGGUCCUCAAAAGAAUCAAGAGUCAGCUGACUGACAACAAGCAUUGCACGCCCGAAGAAUUGGCGCAUAUGAUCAUACAGUGUGAUUCUCAGGUUUUCGACCAGAGCAUUCUUACAGAGCUUCUGCGAUACUAUCCCGAGUCUGAGACAAAGGGCCGUCUAGGCGAGUACAAAAAUGCCUCGGACGAGCAGCUUCGUCUCUUGCAUCCAGCUGACCGUCUCGUGGUAUUAUUGAUGACAGUCCCCCACCUUAAAGACAAAGUGAAGGGCAUGCUGUACAUGACAAGGUACGGCGACACGACGGACAUUAUCCGACAUGGUCUAACGAAGAUCCGCGAUGGGUCAGAAGCCAUUAUCAAUGCACCGAAGUUCGCCCAACUAUUGAAUGUGAUUCUUCUUUUCGGUAACUAUCUCAAUGCUACUGGCAUUAAGGGUGGUGCGUACGGAUUCCGGAUCAGCAGUAUCAACAAGCUGGUCGACACGAAAGCUGCGGAUGGCACAACACUCCUACACUUUGUCGAACGCACAGUAACUCGGUGUUUCCCCGAACUUGAGGGUUUCGUGGAUGAACUGUCAGCAGCUACAGAGGCGUGCCGUGUACAGCUCCUAGAUCUCAAGCAUGACCUCUCUGAGCUCAAAUCUGCCAACGUACACCACAAAAAAAUCUUAGACAGAUUGCACAGUGAGAAUGAGGAGAACGUUGAGGCGCCGUACUCGAAACUCAUGCUUCCUUUCUUGAACAAGGCAACCAACGAGCUGCAUCGUUUGACUGACCAAAUUCAAUACACAGAGCGCGUGUUUAACGAGGCUAUGCGCUAUUAUGGAGAAGGCCCAGACCCAGUGCGUCGCAGCUUCACUGGCCCCAAAACCAUGCCGACUGAAGAGUUUUUCGGUAUCUUCAAAGAGUUUUUGGCUGCUUACAGAAAAGCCAAAACAGACAACUCCCGCAUUACUCAGCAGCGAGCGCUGGAAGCUGCGCGUAUCGCGGCCGCCGAGGAACGAGAAAAAGAUCGCCGAGAAGCUAUGGCACGACGCGAAGCUGGCAUUGAUGACAGUGCUGUACUAGAGUCACUCCUCUCCUCUCUACGUUCCAGCGGCGGCACCUCACAGCGCCGAAAAAACCGACGUCGUUCAAGACAACCCGCGGGCCAUACACGACCCAAACACGACGACGAAAAACCAGGUCCACAAGAAAAUCCCUCGAGCGUGGCAGCAGAAAUGCUCAAAAAGUUGCAAGGUGGCGAAAAGCGCAACGAGCACGGUUCCAUUGGCAUUUCGAUGGCCCAGGCCACGGAAGCAGCUCGUGCCGACCGCCGCAGCGAGCGUCGCGAAAGAAACAGCAUUCCUGUACUGCAAGAUAUCCCUCGGCGAACGCCUUCACGUGCUAUAAGCCGCGCAGAUACCCAAGAUACGACAGUUACAGAGCAUUCUGUAAAUGCAACAACCCAGCAAAUCGACCCGGAUAUAACCGCAGUCCGUCCCCAGAAUGCACAUGACCAACAUGACGACAAUGUUUCUUCAAAGUCUAGUGGGAGGGACUCUCCAAGCUCUUUGUACACAGACUCGAGUGAACAUGAAUUUCAAGAUGUGUCGCCAGCGCCCCAAGAGAUGACAAGAUCACUUGCAUCUUCGAAAGCCACAAAUGAUCCAUCUACAACUCACACUCCUACCGAUACAUAA